GCAUGUGCGCCACUGGAAUGUGCAGCCGAAUGCAGCAGCUCGUGAACAUAUGCAAUCGCUCGCUCUGCUAUGAAACUUACACAUUGCCGCCUUUCUGCCCUCCACGCCCGCCUUACACCCUUUCACCACUGCCUCAUCCUCGCCGCACCGUCGUCCGCUGCUGCUAACACUGCCGCGACCUAGAGCUUCUUGUCCGGCCCGCCGACUGCUCCCCCGCCAUCUCCCGGCAGCUGAGUGAAUAAAGAAUUGCUGGACACCGACCGCCGCUGAAGUGCAGCGCCCGUCAUGGCCUCGCUUGCAGGCAGAGGCCGGGCCAAGAUACGUCCGCCGCGAAGAACGCUACACGGCACCGACGUCGACUUCGAAACGACCUGGAAGACGCUCGAGCGCGCAUUCACCGAAAUCCACGAGAAGAACGCCUCUGCCUUGUCUUUUGAGGAACUGUACAGAAAUGCCUACAAAAUUGUGCUUAAGAAGAAGGGAGAUGAGCUGUACAACAAGGUCGCGCAGUUUGAGGAGAAUUGGCUGAGCGAUGCGGUGCGACCAAAAAUCGUCAACUUGCUUACAGCUCCCCUCCAGCUCACAGAUGACCUCGGCCGGUCUCUGGCAACCACGGCGGAGCGUCGAGUGGCAGGAGAGCGCUUCUUGUCUGCACUCAAGUCAUCAUGGGAGGAUCACCAGGUCUGCAUGGGAAUGCUGACGGAUGUGCUCAUGUACAUGGACCGCGUAUACUGUACCGACCACCGCCGCCCUUCGAUCUACGCCAAAUCAAUGUCCAUUUUCCGAGACCAGAUUCUGCGCACUCCUAUCCGUUCUGGCGCCGACGAUCUCCUACAGUACCUCACAAACCUCAUCCUCGACCAGAUAUCGAUGGAUCGAGAGGGAGAGCGUAUAGACUCGCAUUUGAUAAAGUCCAACAUCUACAUGCUAGAGGGAUUGUAUGAGACGGAGCAGGAGACUGAGGACGGAAAGCUGUACAUCCAGUCAUUUGAGGCAGACUUCCUAGACAGGAGUGCACGUUUCUACCGCGAAGAAGGCGAGCGUCUGUUGAAGGAAUCGGAUGCCGGAACAUACUGCAAGCAUGCGAAGCGGCGCAUUGACGAAGAGAGCGAUCGCUGCAGAUCCACACUUUCAGAGUCCACAGCGCCGAAGAUCCAAAAAGUGGUCGAGGAUGAGCUGAUUCGACACAAGAUGAAGGGGCUGAUCGAAAUGGACUCUGGAGUACGCUACAUGGUCGACAACGACAAGUUUAAUGAGCUUCAUCUGGUAUACGACUUGGAAGCGCGCGUGGACCCGAAGAAGCCGGAGCUCACGAAGGCUGUGCAAAUGAUUGUUGCAGAGAUGGGUGCAAAGAUCAACGAAGAUGCUCUCGCAGCCGCUUCAGCCGCACCCGCACCAGUGCCCACCACAGAAGAGGGCGAAGGAGACAAGUCAAAAGGCAGCAACGUCAAGCAAAUCAACCAGCAGACGGUUGCAGCACUGAAGUGGGUGGAAGAGAUUCUGGACCUCAAGGACCGCUUCGACAAGAUCUGGAGAGUCUCGUUCGGCAGCGAUCAGAGCAUUUCGACGGCGCUCACUCGUAGUAUGAGUGAUAACAUCAAUGCUUUCGCUCGUGCAAGCGAGUACAUCUCACUCUUCAUCGACGACAACAUGAAGAAGGGCAUCAAGGACAAGUCUGAGGAAGAAGUGGAUCGCAUCCUGGAGAAGGCCAUCGUGUUGCUGCGGUACCUCCAGGACAAGGACAUCUUCGAGACCUACUACAAGAAGCACCUUUGCAAGCGAUUAUUGCUCAAGAAGAGCCACGACCCGGAUGUGGAGACCAGCAUGAUCAGUCGGAUGAAAUUGGAACUGGGCAACAGCUUCACUAUGAAGCUCGAGGCUAUGUUCAAGGACAUGCGUAUCAGCAAGGAUCUGACAGAAAGCUACCGCUUGAAGGCGGCGAGCUACGGCAGCGAUCGAGAGCGUGUCGACCUAACCGUCAAUGUGCUGACUGCCAUGACAUGGCCACUGGAAGCUUUCAAGAGCUCUUCAGAGGACGAUCCGGAAAACAAGAUGCAAAUCAUCUACCCUCCGGCGUUGGACAGAGUACGACGUGGCUUCGAGGCAUUCUAUUCGGAGAAGCAUUCUGGACGCAAGCUCACUUGGCAGACGAGUAUGGGCGACGUCGAUGUUCGCGCACGCUUUCCACGCACAGCGCCCAAGAUUCACGAGGUCAACUGCUCGACUUACGCUGCACUCAUCCUGCUCUUGUUCAACGACAUGGGUGACGCCUCGCUCACUCUGGAGGAGAUUCAGAGCAAGACCAACAUUCCCAUGAACGCACUCAAGCGCAACCUGCAGUCGCUGGCCGUGGCACCCAAGACUCGCAUGCUGACUAAGGAGCCCAUGGGCAGAGAGGUCAACGCUGGCGACAGAUUCAGCUUCAACGAGCAGUACAAGCCCACGGCCAUCAAGAUCAAGGUUGGCGUGGUAUCUGCUGGAAACAAGGUCGAAGGCGACAAGGAGCGUAAGGAGACCGAGAAGAAGAACAACGACAGCCGCGGCUAUGUCAUUGAAGCUGCUGUGGUUCGUAUCAUGAAGCAGCGGAAGGAACUGGCCCACUCGAAUCUCCUCACAGAAGUCUUGACUGUCUGCUCGGCACAGUUCAAGCCGGACGUCAACAUGAUUAAGAAACGCAUCGAGAGCCUGAUCGAGCGCGACUACCUGGAGCGCCUUGAAGAUGCACCUGUACCAUCGUACAAGUACAUGGCUUGAGCGUGGCAUUUGUUCUACUUCGUUGCAUGCAUGGCAUGGCAUAGCUUAUGGCGUUUUGGUUGCGCAGCGGGGAAAACUGAGGCACGGCAUGAUCACGGCAUUUGGAGAAGCGUUCGCAUCUGGGUCGGCGUAAAACUGGAUGAAGCGUAUGGGAGACGUGAAGGCAAGGCACAACAGCACUACCACAGCGCGGCGCAUGGGAGCGUUUUUCCUGCAUGUAUUUGAGGCUACCUUCUACGACACGGUAGUAGUGGCCGUGAUGGAGCUGCAUGGGUGAGCUGAAAAGGAUAUGAGAUGAGAAAUGGACAGCGCACGCUGUUUGCACUUUGAGCGGAUAGCUAGAUACCCACUGCGUACAGGACUCC